AUGCACGCAUGCUGCAAACGAAGCGCAGUGAAAGCAUCCGAAGAAGCCUCACGGGAGAGCGCUACGGGGAGCAGCCUUACUUGCGGCUUUAAAACCCGUUCAGACUCGUUAUGCCUUACACAACGGCCAUGCUCGAGAGCUGACCACAGCUCCUCGCGGAACCGCUCUCUGAAGGAGGGGCGAGGUCCCACCACGAGGGCGGAGUGCACCACCAGAGAGGCGCUCGUGCUCUCGCGCGAAUUUCCCAACGGCCCCCAGAUCAUGGGGGGCCCGGACAUCUCUGGGUGCACGUGGGCUGCCUCGCUGCCCCACCGCCACUUCGCGCUCGUGGCCGAAGCGGCGUUCCGUGGGCGCGCGUGCCUGCCUCACUGCCCUCACCGCUUCACGGCGCCCAGCCCUCCGCCGAAGAAGGGGCUGCUCAUGUCGAUCGGGCUGCUGCAGCGGCUCGAGUCGGAAGAGUGGGGCCCCCUGCUUGCACUUGCGAGCCGUUGCUUCCUCCCUGGCCUUCCCGCGCGCCAUGGCCUCUACAGCCAGCAACGGGUCAUCCAGGAACUGGCGAAUGACCGGCAAGGCGUUGUCAAGCUGUGCAGCCACAGCGACAAACUCAUCAUGCAGAGCUGCCUGUUCCCAAAUCCCACAUCCGCUUUGUCGUGA